AUGCAGAAAUCUGGAGCACGUUUUUCAAAGUUAAAGUUAGUUUAUAAAAAAGCAAUACAAGAAAUGCUUAGUAUAAAUAUUGAACCAUCUGAAUCCAUUGAUUCAUUUUAUAACACUACUGUUAAUUCUACUAAUUAUAAAGAAAGAAUAGAAACUUUAAAAUGUAAAUUAUCUGAACUUUUUAAACAAAAGAUUAAAGAAUAUGAUUUAGAAAAUAAACUUAAUACACUUGAUUCUCUUAUUAAAGAUAAUCAAGAUGUAAAAGAUAUCAAUGAUGAGGAUUAUAUACAAGAAAUACUUGAGUCAUACAUUGUUGAAGAUAAGUUACAGCUUAUUGAGUUUGUAAAUACAAGGAAUGAAGAACUAAAAGAUGAUAUAACACAUUUAGAAGAUAAGUUAAAGUUACUGGAGGAUGAAUAUUUAGUGCUUAGUAAAGAGUGUAAUAAUAAAGAAAGAAGAAUUAAUAAGUUAAUAGAUGAUAUGAAAAAUGUAUAUUAA